AUGGAGCUGGUGCGAGAGCUCUUGGAUCGCAGCCUCUCCGUCCUCUUCAUUGACAUCGACGUCAUGCUCCUCCGCGACCCCGUCGACUUGGUGGAGCACAACUGCGACCUGGUCUACCAGCAGAACCACUGCGCCGAGAUCCCUCCGAGAGAGGCGACGGAGGAGGGGGAGCCGAACGCUGGAUUCUACUUCGUGCGGGCAGGACAAGCAGGCAAGCGCUUCCUGGACGAGGUGCUGCAGGGCAAGGUGCCUCCUCCUCCAGGUGACGUCAGGCACAACAAGAAUCGAUUCUACUCCCACGACCAGCGAGUGCAGGUGCCCCGGCAACGCUACGAGCAUCGCGACUUGUCGCCCUCCAAGUUCUGCGCAGCUGACGCGCGUGCGUACGCAACUGGCUGGGCGUUGGACAGAGAAAGGUUCGAGCAGGUGAACUCUUCCAUCGUAGCUCUUCACGCGAACUGCAUCAUAGGCAAGUCGAAGAAGGUUGAGCUCAUGAGGUCGCUGGGGGUUCUCUGUUUCUGA